AUGAUUUUACAAAGUUUUUUGCAAAGAGAUUUCAUUUACAUCAUUAAGCGAGAUAGUGGAGCAAUACUUGAAAAAAAGUAUCCAUUUGCCAAUGGAAAAGGUACUAGGUAUCCAUUUGCCAAUGGAAAAGGUACUAGGUAUCCAUUUGCCAAUGGAAAAGGUACUAGGUAUCCAUUUGCCAAUGGAAAAGGUACUAGGUAUCCAUUUGCCAAUGGAAAAGGUACUAGGUAUCCAUUUGCCAAUGGAAAAGGUACUAGGUAUCCAUUUGCCAAUGGAAAAAGGUACAAAGUAUCUAUUUGCCAAUGGAAAAAGGUACAAAGUAUUGCUCGAUAG